GCGCGGCGGCGUGUGGGGACUACAUUUCCCAGCGACCGCGGCGCCAGGAGCGGAACCAGGAAGCGCGAAGAUGGCGGUGGAUAAGGAGCUGCUGGAGCGGGACCUCUACGGGCUGCUGGGGAUCGGCGAGAAGGCGUCCGAGAAGGAGGUGAAGACAGCGUUCCGGCAGAAGGCCCUCACCUGCCACCCGGACAAGAACCCCGACAACCCCCGGGCAGCGGAAAUUUUCCACCAGCUGUCCCAGGCCUUGGCCGUGCUCACAGAUGCAGCAGCCAGGGCAGCCUAUGACAGGGUGAGGAGGGCGAAGAAGGAGGCUGCAGCAAGGACACAGAAACUCGAUGAGAAGAGGAAGAAAGUAAAGCUUGAUCUGGAAGCCAGAGAACGUGAAGCCCAGUCCCAGGAGAACGAAGAGGAGGAGAUCAGGAUAACGAGAUCAUUAGAAGAAGAAAUAAUCCGCCUGCGGGAGGAGGGCUCCCGGCAGCUGGAGGAGCAGCAGAGGCUGGUCAGGGAGCAGAUCCGCCUGGAAAAGGAGCAGCACAGCCGAGGCAAGCAGGAAAGAAAUGGAGCAGAAGGCAAAAUAACUCCUAAACUCAAGCUCAGGUGGAAAUGCAGGAAGGAAGAUGAGACUGCAGGGGGAUACUCCAAAGAUGUGCUGCUGCAGAUCCUGCAAAAGUAUGGUGAUGUGCUCAAUUUGUUGAUCUCCAGCAGGAAGACUGGGAGUGCAGUGGUGGAAUUUGCCACGGUGAAGGCAGCUGAGAUGGCUGUGAAGAAUGAAGUUGGCCUGCUAAAUAACCCCCUGAAGAUUUCCUGGCUGGAGGGCCAGCCCCGGAGCCACCCCAGCACCGUCCUCCCUGACAGCACCAGCCUUCCCAGGAGCUCACAGCUGGGAGCUCAGUGCAUGCGUGAGGCAGCAGUGUCAGAGACAUCUCUUCUCCUACCAGAGGAUAAAUCCACUGCUGGCACUGUAUCAGAAGCCUACUUGGAUGCUUACCUGUUUCCAGGCUGGGAGUGCCACCUGCACUGGAGUUAAGGGAAAAGAAACCCACAAAGAGGAAGAGAAAAAAACGGAGGAACAGCUUUGAGCUUUCACAUCCAAACAUGGUGGGAGGAGAAGCCCCAGUUCCUGUCUCUCAGCCCUCAAAGCUUUGGCUUCGGGGUGCAGUGCUGCUGCCUCCUUGCAGGCUGCCUGCUGUUCCACAAGUGAUCCAUGACAAAUCCCUGUGUGUCCCUGCCCCACAGUGUCACAUCCCCAAAAUAAGUCUUUCCCAAAAAAUGCCAGUCUUCCCUGAGGAUGGGACGCGCAGUCCGGAGUGGGAAAUUCCCGGGGUGGAGAGUGGAAAGUUGCCCACGAGACAGCAGACAGUGCUCUCACCUGAGCACAGAGCCCGUGAGCUCUGCUCCAGAGGAUUCCUUGGCAAGGACAGGGAUGCUCUGUGGUGGGUGAGGCGAGGACAACAAAACAGGCCACACACAACAGGCAUGCUCCAGUAUCCUUCCUCCUGCUGGAAUGGCAGGAACUGGCAGCAGCAGUGAGUGACUGGGAUGUGAUGGACAAUG